CAAAAUGAAUCAUCAAAGAAAUAAAAAAAACCCCUACAAUUUUGGGCUUUAAAAUUGGAAUUUUACCAUUGGCAUGAACGUGGGGUUCGAAACCAGGCAACGAAACUCUACAAUCGAUUUCGUCGGUUCUCUCUAUUAGCAGUUUACUUUUAUAGUUUUAUGCUAAACAUUUUUCUUUGUAUGAAAAUUAAGGAGAAUAAACUGCAGACAUUCGGAAUCACAUUGAAGCAUAAGUUUAUAUGUUCACUGUGUUGCAUCAGUGGGCACUCAAGCAAACAAUUUUCGCCUUAAAAGUUUUCAAAUAGAUCGUGUGAUAAAGAAAAACUUGAAUUCUAUUGAUCUGGUUAGUUCGAAAAGAUGCAGAAGACAGCACAGGCUUGGUUUAUGGGAGGACCCAGCAGUACAGAACAGCAGAAAUCUCCAUCUCUGCUGGCAGAUUGGAAUGCUUAUGCGGCCUCCAAGGAUGCGGGGGAUUCAGGGACUUCUGCAGAUCUGGAGGCUGGGGUUUCCACAUCGUUUGCUCCUUUAAUCAAAACUGCAAAUGACAGUUUCAUGGGCACCUUCAACGUUAUGUCGAAAGGAGUGCGGGAUUUGCCUGGAAAUCUUCAGUCAGCUACUAGCACAAUGCCUUCAGGGAAGUCCAUUAUGUACUUUGGACUACUUUUGGCAACAGGCAUCUUCUUCAUUUUUAUUGCUUUUACCAUGUUUCUUCCAAUCAUGGUUGUCAUGCCACAGAAGUUUGCAAUAUGCUUCACACUUGGCUGCAUAUUUAUUAUAGGGUCCUUUUUUGCUUUAAAAGGUCCCAGAAAUCAGUUGGCUCACAUGGCUUCGAAAGAGAGACUUCCAUUCACUCUGGGGUUCAUUGGGAGUAUGGCAGCUACCAUUUAUGUUUCAAUGGUCCUACACAGCUAUAUAUUGUCUGUAGCUUUUUCUGGCAUACAGGUCUUGGCCUUGUCAUACUAUGUUAUUUCAUACUUCCCAGGAGGAUCGACUGGCAUGAGGUUUCUUUCAUCUACACUUAUGUCUACAGUAACUAAGUGUUUUGGACGGUGAUAUGAUUAAUGGGAUAGCUUCAGCUCUGCAAUUUGAGAUUCAUAUGACUGACGGGCUAGCUUCAAUUGCUGUGUAUCUGUCUUCAGGCCAGAUCCCUAAGCAGGUCCUAUGUUGUAUAGGAAGAGUAAUUCAAAUAUUGGCCUCUAAUUUCUGUGUUGCUUCUCAAUGACGUAAAAAUCUUCUGCCAGUGGGGUACAGAUACACCCAUUAGAAAAAUGACUAGCAUUUGUAUAACUACAAACUGAUUGCUUUUGUAUGAACUCUCUUCCUAAUGUUGGCAUUUUCCCAAAAGUAGUAAUGGAGGUUGAAGUUGCUAAAAGGAAUCUUGAUCUUAUUGAUCUUUACAAGAUCUGUAGGGACUAACUAUUUUUUGGCGUAUAGACAAAGGUACAUUUGUGUUCUAUUCAUGGUUUCCUGUUCA